AUGUUGAACCUCAAGUUCUCAGAGGGCAUCAAGCUCCAUGAGAAGGACAAGUCACCAGUCGACAUGAAACUGCCAGAGGAUGAUGGGCUGGCGACUGCCCAGGCCUCAAAACCUUUAUAUGGAUCAUACCCAGAAAUGCUACUUCUCACACCUGACCAAAUCCAGAAAGUCUCCAUUGUAGUAGACAAGUACGAUAUGUCAGCACGUUUUGUCAUGGCCGGUACAGUCUGGAUGGGCUGCGAACCUAUCAAUCUCGAGGAUGCCUGGAAGCUUAUGACAGCUUCUUACUGGCUUGAUCAUCAGGUUGGGUUCCGUCGGAUGAGCGAGUAUGUCAUACGAAAACUCAACCACGCGCAAAUCUUCCGUCUCGCCAACGAGACAUUCGACGUCGCUCUGGGUCUGAAACUAGGCAGUGAGUUUUCAUCAUGA